CCGCGUGCCAGUGUGCCGACGGGCGUAGAAUGUCUUAUGUCCCCACCUUUCGGGUGGGGCCGUGGGACUCUCCCUAAGCAUCAAACUGCCGACUCAGAACUGGUGCGGACAAGGGGAAUCCGACUGUUUAAUUCAAACAAAGCAUUGCGAUGGUCCCAAUGGAUGUUGACGCAAUGUGAUUUCUGCCCAGUGCUCUGAAUGUCAAAGUGAAGAGAUUCAACCAAGCGCGGGGCAGCAGGAAGAAGCGAAACAACUGAAACUGGAUGGCGUUGGUUGUUGCUGCAACGGGCGGUUCGCUCUUAACGAAUCCGGUGAACCCCGAUUUCAAGAACGAGUAUGAUCACAAGUACCAUUACUCAGCAAACAUAAAGGACAUGAUUGUGCAUGGUUGGGUGGCCCCAAGUGCCGACCCUGCAGUGGGGAUCUGGAUGAUCAGUCCCAGCCGCAUUGAGCACAUGGGGGGUGGGCCAGAGAAGCAGGACCUCACAGUUCAAGUGGGACCCAUCUUACUCAACAUGCUUCAUUCUGGUCAUUACGGGACGCCGGUGGUUUUCGUUGCAGCCGACCAGAUCGAGGGCGACGGCCAUUUCCUGAUCCCGAACGUGAGGCCGGGAUCGUACUACCUUUUCUCAUAUGUAGGUGGGGUGGUCGGCGACCAUGUGCUUCAACAGAAGGUGGCUGUUGGCAGCGAGGGUGAUAAGAACGUUGACGUGGGAACAAAAGUUGUCCGCCCCCCUCGGAAAGGUCCUACCAUCUGGUCCAUUGGCGUCCCCAACCGGUCGUUCGGUGAGUUCUUUGUUCCUGUGCUCAAUCCAAGAAGCCCGUGGCCUUACCCAAACACGGGUCCGGACCGAUGGAGAAAUUAUGGAGCUUGGCUGACGUAUAAAGAGUCGUAUCCCGAGAGUGAUCCGGUCUUUGACAUUGGCAGCAGCGACUUCUCACGGGACUGGUACUUCGUGCAGUGCCUAAGGCCCAGGCCCCACCGCACUGUCAUACAUGAGCUGAACUUUUAUGUCAUGGACAAGUGUCCGUUCAACGCCGUCAUUGGCUUGGGCUGGCUAAAGGCUCAUUGCCUAAGAACCACGUGGGCGGAUAAUCAGUUCGUGGUGCGUGAUGCCAACAAAACAUAGCAAGGAAUACAGAUAGGGGUUAUAACUUGGUUUAUAGGGGGAAAGCAAUAGUUAC